AUGGAAACCGAAGAAAAUAACCAACUAGCCUUUCUCGAUGUGCUUGAUAAGAGAAAUGGAGACCAUUUGGAUCACACGGUGUAUCGAAAACCCACUCAUACAGACCGGUACUUGCACAAACUGUCAAAUCACCAUCCAAGCCAAAAACAGGGGAUUAUCGGAACACUAGCAAAUAGACCAAGACGCAUUUGUGCUAAGGAUCACAUACAAGAGGAACUAAAUCACUUAAAUAAAGCCUUUCUUGCUAAUGGGUAUAAUGAGAAAGAAAUAAAGGCGGCGCUAGCACCUAGGCAGAGGAGACUUGACGCCAAUGAACAGAAUAACACCGUUAAUAAGGCCUUCCUUCCAUAUGUCUCCCAGGUCACCGAUAGGAUUGGGAAAGUUCUCAGGAAACACAACAUCAAAACAAUAUACAAACCUACCCGGAAAAUAAAGGACUGCUUGAGACCAGCCAAAGAUAAAAGGGUACCAUUAUCCUCUGCGAGGAUCUACUGUAUACCUUGUUCCUGCGGUGAAGCGUUAGGGCAAACAGACAAGUCGGCCGUAGCAGAACAUGCUCUAAGAGAUGGUGACCACAAAAUCCAGUUCGAAAACACCCAAGUCAUUGCCACAACAUCUGGAUAUCAUCCUCGUCUGGUCAGGGAAGCUGUUGAAAUUCACAAACAUCCAAAUAAUUUCAACAGAAAGGAAGAAACUCUCUAG